AUCGAUCUGAUCCAAUAAUCAAUACCAUUACUGCUGCGUAAUUGCUCUCGGAUGCGAAGACAUCUCCGUGCGUCUUCCCCCCGUUUUUUCUCCCUCCUUUAGUCAGAGAGAGAGAGAGAGAGGGAGAGGGGGAGAGAGAGGGAGAGAGAGAGAGAGAGGGUGUCUUUUGUUAUUCCGCCUCUCUCUGACAUUUGUGCGCGCCGCGGUGUGUUUUUACGGCUCGCACCGACAUGCUGAUGGACACGGAGCGCAGACGGGGGGACGCGGGGCUUUCGGGUGUUUUCGUGCCGCCGUGCCUCCAACCGGGCUCCCGAAAAUGAACAGGAUUGUGUUGGUGCUCACCUCGACGCGGAUUGUCGGGCUGAAUGGGACGGAUUCACCGCGGAUCAACCAGAGGCUUUACAAUCAGGAGAUGAAAUAGAGAGAGAGAGAGAGGAGGAAAAAAAUGGACCAUGAUCUGACGCUUGGAGAAGCUACAGUGAGGGACAAUAACAUAUAAAUAAGAGACAAAUCAAACUUCCAUUUUCAUCCUCAGCAGCUUUAUUUUUUUUAUAUUUUUAGGUUUUUUUUGGAUUAUGAUUCUCGACCAGAGUCCCAGAUGUGACUGUGUGGAUGGCAUGUCGUUGUGUUUUACAGCCCAGCUCCUGUUUCCUGGCUCCGUGCUGCUCUCUCUUCCUCUCGUCCACUCUCUCGCAGUCUUCUGCUUUGGGUAGCAAAAAAAAACAUGUAGGCUAUUUUUUGCUGCAAGCCCAGUUGCAUCUGAGAAAAAAAAGGUGUCUUUGAGAGCAGCAGCAGCAGCAGCAGCAGCAGCAGCGGCGGCGGUGGUGGUGGUGGUGGUGGUGGUGCUGGUGGUGCUGGUGGUGGUGGUGGAGGAGAAAAUGGACCAAAACCCGAGCGAGGUGUCAUGUUUUCUGGGGUGCGGUGGAAGAUGCAUCUAAGACGGCGUUUGCUGAGUUUUGUUUGAGUGAUGAAUAUUGAGGAGAGUGUGUCGGCCAGCUGAAAGGGAAAAAUCUUUCAUCCGCAUUGGCUUUAGACACACAUGCCAUCAGUGGGGCGAGAGCCUUUAUUUCUCUGGAUUUCCAAUAAACAGGCUGCUUAUUGCUGGAGAUACAAGGCCUACAAUAAAACAAUGAACACAUCGGGUGUAUGAAUAAUAAUAAAUAAUAAUAAUAAUAAUAAUAAUAAUAAUAAUAGAAGGAGGAGAGAGAAAGAUAAAAACACUUCAUUUAUUUAUUCCAGUCUGGCGGAUUCUGUAUGUAGCCAAACAUGUUCAAGUAUCGGAUCCGCAUGUUUUUUAACGAACUGAAGGUCCUGGUGUUUAUGCGAUCCGAUUCGAGACAGUCCGGCUCAGACACAGAGAGACGGUCCACAACAACCAUGCGAGGUCUGGGGAUGGGCGGCUGCGGUUGGCCGCCUUUCGUCGACUGCCAUUCCCGGGACGACGAGGAGGAGUACUACGGCAGCGACCCGCGGCCCCGGAGCCUGGCGUUUGAGGACAAGGAGCCCAAGCUGCAAGUGGGCCUGGACGCCGUGUCUCUGGCCAGCACCGCGAGCAGCCUGCGGACCCCCCAGUGCCGGAUCUGUUUCCAAGGCCCAGAGCAGGGUGAGCUGUUGAGCCCCUGCCGCUGUGACGGCUCUGUGCGCUGCACCCAUCAGCCCUGCCUCAUCCGCUGGAUCAGCGAGAGGGGAUCCUGGAGCUGCGAGCUCUGCUACUUCAAGUACCAGGUCCUGGCCAUCAGCACCAAGAACCCUCUGCAGUGGCAGGCCAUCUCUCUGACGGUGAUAGAGAAGGUGCAGAUAGCGGCCAUCAUUCUGGGUUCCCUUUUCCUCAUCGCCAGCAUCUCCUGGCUCAUCUGGUCCUCCCUCAGCCCCUCAGCCAAGUGGCAACGUCAGGACCUGCUCUUCCAAAUCUGCUACGGCAUGUACGGCUUCAUGGACAUCGUCUGCAUAGGCCUCAUCAUCCACGAGGGAUCUUCAGUGUAUCGAAUCUUCAAACGAUGGCAGGCUGUCAAUCAGCAGUGGAAAGUACUGAACUAUGAGAAGUCAAAGGACUUGGGCGACCCGUUGAGUUCGAGCAAGACGGGGGCUCGGGGCUCUCGCGGCAACCCCCACGGUCUGGCCAGCAGCAGCGGAGGGCGACAGAGCAGGAGGUUAAGAACUAUUCUGAACCACCACUGUGGAUACACCAUCUUGCACAUCCUGAGCCAACUGCGGCCCAACGACCCGCGGAUCAGCGCCGCCACCAAUCGGGAGGUGGUGAUGAGGGUCACCACCGUAUGAGUGGGACUACGGCAUGUGUGAUUGGAUAGAUCUCGUCUUUGUGUCCAGAUGUAAAUGAGAGGACGGACUUAUGGACCUGAUAUUAAAAUACUAAAAGACUUGUUGCGGGCCCCAGGAGCCCGCGGAGGAGCCGAGACAGACAGCGCACACGCUUGAGGAUUUCCUCCUCGUGUUUCUUACAACAAAAAGGAAGCCAGACGCUCCUUUUCAAUAAUUAAAGAACUGAUGAAAAUAAAGCAUUAAAAGACAUGAAACGUGAAAUUUGAGGGGGGGAAAGUGUAAACAGGCUUUAUAACGUAAUCCAAGACGAUGAGAGAUUUUUUCCAGUUCAAUAUCAGGAUGCACAGAGACAUUUUCCUUUGAUUUGAUCCUCUUGGUUUGAUUUGUAUCUCCUUCUUUUUUCUUUUUUGUUUUUUUUGGGUUUUGUUUGUUUUUUACUCACUUUGAUUUUUGUACGGAUGUAUGAUUUUUAGAGGAAAGUCAUGUAAACUCCAUACAUGCCAAGCAUUUCCAGACAAGUAUGUAUAAUGAUCUUAAAAUUUCUUACAAGCUGAACCGAUGCUGGUAAAUAGACCGAAAACUGAAACAAACAAACAAACAAACAGACAAACAAACAAAGCGAGGGGAACUGAACAAUAAGUCAUUACGAGUUUUAAAAAAGAGUAAAAAAAAAGCAAAAGAAAAAAUAAAACAAUAAGAUUUCAGUGACACUUAAAACUUUCUGCAAUAAAGAUACGUAUGUACAUUUCACAGGGAAUUUUGCAUGGGUAUAUAAUUUUAUUCUUCAUCACAUAACAUAAGCACAUGACAAAUUUGCUCUAUUUCGAAUGGUGCUUGCCAAAAUAAACACUUUAAAAACAUCUGAUUUCAUUGCACCAAACUUUUUGUCGACAUGACAAAUGGCAGUGUGUUACAGCUAUUUCAGAUUGUUGCUGCUGUGUGCUGAUUCAGAUUUGAUAAUAAGUAAAACUAUUGGAUUAAAAAGGGGGAUCGGAUGAUCUCUUACUACUCA